AUGGCGCUCUCGGGUAUGCGGGGGCUAUCGGUCUUCAUCAGCGACAUCCGCAAUUGCCACAACAAGGAGCAGGAGUGCCUCCACGUCGACAAGGAUCUCGGCAACAUCCGCACCCGAUUCAAGAAUGAAAAGGAUGCAUGGUUCUAUGCAAAAGAUCUGAUCUUGUCGUGGGAAACCAUGACCACCUAUGGGGCCAUCGGCCCCUUUGUGGUUCAGCCGACGUUCUGGCGGAUCAUCAAGAACAAGGACGUGGAGGAGUUCAAGUCAAACCUGUACCUAGCGACGCUACUCAACUGCAUGCUCUGGGUGUUCUACGACAUCCUCUGCGUCAUAUUCGGCUCUGCAAUGUACACCUGCCCGCUCACCAUCAUGGGUAAAGUGAUCAAGACCAAGAGCGUCGAGUACAUGCCCUUCUUCCUAUCGCUGGUGAGCUUCCUCAACAGCGUCCGCUGGACAUCCUACGCUCUCAUCAAAUUCGACCUCUACGUCACGAUCCCCAAUGGCCUCGCUAUGCUAUUCGGCCUCGUCCUGUACGCCUGCUACUACAGGUCGACCCCCAAGAAGGAGAAGAGCAUAAAGCUCAAAUGUGAUUGA